GGUGUCUCCACCUGAGAUUUUAGGUUUUGUGGAGCCUGUUAGCGCGGAGAGAUCAUGGCCAGGCUGAACCUGCUCCAUCAUGCACUCUUCUGGACUCUGAUGUGUCUCUUUUUUCUACGUUCUGCCUCUGAAGGGAUAAACACCACAGCUGGAAAGAACGUCACUCUGACAUGUCGAGCUCCAAACAACAACAACAUCAUAGUUGUAGAGUGGAGCAGAGCUGACCUGAAGGAUGAAUAUGUCCUUAUGUACCGGGACAGUCACUUAUAUGCAGAUGGUCAGCAUCCAUCUUUUAUGAACCGGGUGGAUCUGCAGGACAGACAGAUGAAGGAUGGAGACGUGUCUCUGAUUCUGAAGAAUGUGACAACUGCUGAUAAUGGAACAUAUGAGUGUCGCAUCUUCACGAGAGGAGCGAACUGGAGGAAGGGAGCUCAUCUGAAGACUCCCCCCAUCAGCAUCAUCUACCUGAGUGUUGUUGAUCCUCCAGGUCCAACAGGACAAGUCCCAACGGUUGAGGUCAUUAGAAGGCGUCAUGGACUCUUCGCUGGUCCAAUUUUUUUAUUGUCCCUGCUGGCUUUUUUGAUCUUCAGAAGACAUAAGAAGCACAAUCAGGAGUCAUAUCAGCCUCCAGCUGAAAAGCAGCCUUUCUGGAAUGUUUAA